AUGAGUCUCAAACUCACUGUGCCAUCAUCGUAUAUUCAUACAACGAAAUGUGCGAAUAUCUCGAAAGCCGAAAUAAGAGCCAAAAUCAGAGUCGAUUUCCGUGGUAAAGGUGAUAAUACCAGUGACUCAAAACCCGACCUUAUCGAAGAAGAGUAUCAUAGAAGCGCAGAUAGGUACUUCUAUCGAUUUCGCUACGAUACUUCACUCCAAAGCUUUUCUGAAGCAAAGAAAAUAGCGACACAAAGCGAAAAUUCUCUUUUCGAGGAAUGCGAGAGUUGCGCCUUCAAUAGAGUCAGAUGUGAGGCGAAUCAUCAACCGCUAAGGAUAUUGAACUGGAAUAAAAAACAAAAAGCCGCUACUGGGUUCAUUUACAAAGGUACAAGAUAUCAACUAAAAGACUUCAUUUAUUUCAUUUCAAAACCUACUUCCGGUUCAAAAGAACCGCACCCGUACAGUAUUGGUCAAAUACAGAAUAUCAAGGUCACCUGCUUGAAAAGUCAGCCCUGUGUCAAGUUGACCGUGGAUAACUACGAACGUUAUGACGACCACUUUCGGCUUAAGAGAUCGGAGGAAACCGAAAUGAACAUCCCGUUUGCAACCCACGAUAAUAGAAGAGUAUUCCGGUGGAACUCUAAACUGUUAAAUCCAAAGGAUCUUGACGGUCACUGCUUUGUAAGGCACAUAGAGCAAAUUGAAGAUCUAAACAUUUACAAGGACCUCGACGACACAUUUUGGGUCCAGGAAUAUAUUCCUCACGACUUGGAAAAGAAUUCAAUUACAGCGGAAGACUUGGAACUAAUGCCUAAGAAAGAUUUGACGUUUUUGAAAGGAAAUGAAAAGAGGCUUGAGAGAGAAAGAAAGCAAGAAAUGAGUAAGAUGGAUGGUGCCAAAUUGAAUACUCUGGAUAUCUUCAGUGGCGCAGGUGGAUUUAGCCAAGGCUUGCAUGAAAGCGGAGUGAUAGGGAUUAGCUAUGCCAUUGAGUCUGAUACCGCAGCAUGCAAGACCUUCAGACGAAAUUUCGAGGACGCAAUUGUGUACAACUGUGAUGCAGGCAAGUUCUUGGAACUGGCGAUGAAGAUUGAAGACGGGGUCGGUACAGGAAUUUCACUUGAUGACAAUGGAGAUGAAAUGUCGAAGAUACCGUUAAGAGGAGAUAUCGAUAUGAUUAUAGGAGGGCCACCUUGCCAAGGAUGGAGCAAAGUGAACCGUCAGAAUAACCCCAAAAAGAUACAGAAGAAUCCCAUCUGUCCUAUGAGAGAGUCAAUCGCCACAUAUCUCUCUUACGUGGAGUUUUAUAGACCCAAAUAUUGCUUAUUGGAAAAUGUCACUGGCCUAAAAUACCACCCGCUCAACGGUAGUGAUAUUCCGAAUUGUUCCUCUGACGAGGGCCUUUUGACAAGCGGCGCGAUAAAAUUCAUCUUCCGAGUUCUUACAUGUUUAGGAUAUCAAUGUCAAUAUGCAACUCUGCAAGCAGGGGCCUAUGGUGUACCUUCGUCUAGAAACCGUGUGAUAAUCUGGGCCUCUCUACCAGGAUACAAGCUCCCGAAAUAUCCUGAGCCGACAAAUGUUUUUAAUCGUAUCCCCAAAGAUGCCCCAUAUACCAGGAGAUCAGCUCCACAUCGACCACUUACUAUACAGCAUUGUACCUCAGACUUACCUCUAUGGGAGUUUAAAAAUCCUCACAAAGAAAUUCAGCAAACGGCAGAGCAAGAGUCUAGCCAAAUAAAUCGUGGUAAGACUAUUGCUCAAUACCCGAUCUUGAAGCAUCAAAAACUUGUCGGUUUAGAAAAGCAAGACUAUGCCUCUCCACAUUUGUGCGAGUUUCAGAGGCAAGCGCGCAAAUCUGUUCCCGAUCAACUUCUGCAUAACCAUGUGACGGGCAGGAUUUCGGCGAAACAGGCUGAGCGAGUGUGCAGCAUUCCACUCAUAGCUGGUGCCGAUUACAGGAGAAUGAACGAGGAAUUGUUGUCCAACAAUUUGAGGAAAGAAUCAGAGAGAUGUCGGGAAAAUGUUGAUUACCGGAAUAGAAAGUUGGAGGGAAGAUAUGGAAGACUGUCUGAGAAUGAGACCUUCAAAAUAAUAACUACGGGGAAUGAUCAAUAUUCGACGAACAGUUGGAUGCUCAAUCCGAACUUGCAUAGGCCAUACACAAUAAGGGAAAUAGCUAGAGCUAUGGGGUUCUCAGAUAGCUUCAUAUGGGAUUUGGAAACCACAAAAGUGUCCGAUGCUCUCAAACAAAUUGGUAAUGCUGUGCCACCCCCAAUUGCACGAGCACUCGGAAACGAACUGCGAAAAGUUUUACAAGGACGAGAUAUCAGCAGAGAGAACGAAGAUGAUGAGGAUGUCGUGGAUCAAGAAUACAUUGCAAUUGGUGACCAAGCCGACCAAAAUUUGGACAUGGUCAAGGAGACAUUGGCUGGGAGUGAGACGGAUUCUGAUGAAGAAAUCGACGAUCUUAUAAUUGCACAACUCGAAAGGGAAUUCAACCGAAGCACGGGCGAUAAAACAGACACUGGAAGCGAGGAAGAGGAUGAGAAAAAUUCAGACACAGACAAGGAAGUGUCGGACGAUCGUGGCGUAGAUAUUGACGCGUAUAUAAAAGAUCAAGAAGAUCAAGAAGACCUUGAAUCCGACAACGAGGACGAGGAGAAUUGGAACACAGAUGAGAAAAUUUCAAGUAAAGGUGAUGAUGAUCCCGAGUCCAAGGACAAGAACGCGCAGAAUCUGGAUAUAGAUGCAGAAAUUUCAAACGAGAGUGAAGCGGAAGUUGAUGAAGACUUGCAAAACCAAGAGAAUCUUGAACCUGAGGACAAGCAAAAUUGGAACGCAACUGAAGAGCUUUCAGACGAGAGUGAACUGGAGGUUGAUGAAGACUCGGAAGAUCAGGAAGGUCAAGAAAAAUUUGAAUCUGAUGACGAGGGUGAGCAGAAUUUAGAUACAGAUGAGGAAAUGUCAGGAAGUGAUGUGGAUGUUGAUGAAGACAUGAAGGAUCAAGACGAUUUAGUAUCCGCGGACGAGGAAGACAUGAAUGAGAAUAUGGACUCGGAAGAAGAAUUUUUGAUCAACAUGAGAAUUCAGAGGAAGGAAAGAAUCAAUAAUGGAAGAAGCAGGGCUGACGCAAUUGUGAUUGAUGGUUCAGAAUGA